AUGUCGGAUUCGCAAAUGGAAUAUGUUCGCCUGGGAAACUCGGGCCUAAAGAUCUCCAAGAUCAUUCUAGGUACCAUGUCAUAUGGCAGCAGACAAUGGCAAGACUGGGUCCUGGACGAAGAGGAAGCCUUGCCCCUCAUUGAGCAUGCCUACAAGAAGGGAAUCAACACGUGGGAUACUGCGGAUGUCUAUGCGCAUGGCCGAUCUGAGGAGAUCGUCGGCAAAGCCCUGACGAAGUACAACAUCCCGCGUAAUCGCGUCGUGAUCUUGACAAAGUGUUUCUACGGUGUUGACGACGAGGGCAAAUUCCCAUCUAUCGCUGCCACAGCACGUAAUGGCGGCGACUUUGUCAAUCGCGUUGGUCUGUCGCGCAAGCAUAUCUUCGAUGCUGUAGACGCCAGUGUCAAGCGCCUGGGAACCUACAUUGAUGUACUGCAGAUCCACCGCCUGGAUCGUGAGACCCCUCGCGAGGAGAUCAUGAAGGCAUUGAAUGACGUGGUUGAGAGUGGAAAGGUGCGAUACAUUGGUGCCAGUUCAAUGGCCGCUUGGGAAUUCCAAACCCUUCAGAACAUCGCCGCCCGCAAAGGCUGGCACCAGUUCAUCUCGAUGCAAAACUACCAUAACCUCAUUGCCCGCGAAGAAGAGCGUGAGAUGAUCCCCUACUGUCUCGACAGUGGGGUGGGACUCAUCCCAUGGUCUCCCAUGGCUCGCGGUGUUCUCACCCGACCUUGGGGCUCCCGCUCGAGUGUUCGUGAGAACACCGAUGGCGCAUUGAAAAUGCUUAUUCGAAGCCGCGAGACUGAAUCAGACAAGGCGAUCGUUGAUCGCGUGGAGAAGCUGGCGGGUAAGAAGGGAGUGAGCAUGGCACAGAUCUCUCUGGCUUGGUCUUUGAGUCACCAGAGUGAGAACCCUAUUGUCGGACUGAGCAGCAUCGAGCGAAUUGAUGAGGCCGUGGCCAGUCUGGAGGUUAAGCUUACCCCAGGGAUAUCCAGUAUUUAG